AUGAAUCAUGUAGAACCUAUCAGCGAUACUGUAGCUCGGUUCUGCAAGAACAUCAAGUACGAAGAUAAAGGCAUAGAAAUUGUAUAUGUUUAUUCAACAACUGGUAAUAGAAUUUCGGGAAGUACUUUAGUGCAGCACUUAUUAAUGCGAAGCAAUUUUAGAUUGCGCAUUAAUAAUGUUGAAGUACUGUCUUUAAGGGAUACCACUGCGGAUGUCACGACGAAUGGCGACGAAAUGCAAAAAUUUGACGAUUUAACAUUAGCAGUAGCAUCAUUAUACGCUAUCAUGAACGUGGAAGAGUAUAAAACAUUGCGGGAAAGAAUACUUAUGAAAGAAUAUGCAAAUGUGGAGGCGGAAGUUAAAUCGCUAAUUCAGGAGAAAUUUGAAAUUGAUGCAUUUUGCAAAAAACACGAACAACGAAUGUUAUGGUUAACACUGGCAGCAAUGGGAUUUCAAGCAGGAUUUCUUGCUCGAUUGACAUGGUGGAAAUAUGACUGGGAUGUCGUAGAACCUAUUAUUGCAACAUAUGCCGCACUCAUUGCAUCGUUCUCCUAUCAUUUAUAUACUUAUGAGUAUUGUAAUCACAGUAAUCAUAAUAGAAGAGAGCUAAGCUUGUAUUUCCACAAAGAAGCAGCAAAAAGCAAUUUUGACAUAUCCAGGUUUAAUGAGCUACAAAAUGUGGCCACUUCCUUAAAGCAUGACUUGAAAAGACUUCGAUAUGCACUGUAUCAACACUUCCCUGCCACUAUAGAAUCAGUAUCUUUGCUCGAAAAAGUAAGGAGAUGCAAUCCAUCAGCUCCACUAAAGAACGAAGUUGAUCCUACGUAA